GCUACUUUUACUCUUAUAUCUCUCUUCUCGACCAACUCUCUCAAAUCAUCUCAAUCUGAAAACCCUAGAGCCACCUAUACGGUCCAAUUCCGGUUGUCGUCGUUGUUUUAAGAUGGCUGAAAGUGAUGAUGAUACAAGUGAUGGAGGAAGGUUCUCUUAUCACUCAGAAGAACUUAGAGGGCCUAUUAGUUCAUCUGAUGAAGAGAAUGAAUCAGUGAGAGUUAUAUAUCCACAAUUCAAUGCUGAAGCUCAAUUUGGGGAAGUUAGGUUGGCUGUAGAGAUGGAGUUUGCAACUUUGGCUGAAUUUAAAAAAGCUGUGAAAGACUAUACCAUCCAUAUUGGAAGACAAAUCAAAUGGAUAAAGAAUGACAAGGUAAGAGCAAGAGCAAAGUGUGUGUUUGAGCAUUGCAAAUGGGAGAUACUUUGUUCGCGUAGUAGUAUAACAAAUAGCUUUCAAAUCAAGACUUUUGAAAAUACAACUCACUCAUGCCCAGGAACAUUCACGAAUAGUCAGGCUGAUAGAAAGUGGGUUAUUGAGAAGUUGGAAUUGAGAUUGAGACAACAGCCGUCUCUUAGCCAUAGUGAGGCUUAUUACUUGAUGAAAGAGGAUUAUAAUCUACAUUUGGAGGAUAGUAUGAUUUAUAGAUCACUUAAACAAGCAAAACAAAAUGUCGAGGGAUCUGAAAUUGAUCAGUAUGCUAAGCUAUGGGACUAUUGCCAUGAGUUAUUAUCCCAGAAUCCAGGUUCAACGGUGAAAAUGAGCACUAUACCACAACAAGAAGGGCCGCCAAUAUUUCACCGAUUGUAUAUAUGUUUUGGUGCUAGUAAAAGAGGGUUCAAGGAAGGCUGCAGACCUAUAAUUGGAUUGGAUGGUUGUUUUUUAAAGGGUUAUUUUGGAGUACAAUUGUUGACUGCUGUCGGCGGAGAUGCAAACAACCACAUUUUUGUCAUUGCAUAUGCUGUAGUUGAUGUCGAAAAUAAAGACUAUUUAUUUAGAGACUAUUUGUUUUAA